UUUGAUCUGCUCUCACAACAUCAAGUCACUUUGGCUCUGGGGCUCGGGGGAGAUUUUUUUGGCUGAGGCUCCUGCAGGGUAGGGGGGCAGCUGAAGACAGCACAAAGCCGGACUUAAGACAUGGAGCUGCUGUGCUGCGAGGUGGACACUAUCAAGAGAGCUUAUCUGGACAAGAACCUCCUGACAGACCGGGUCCUGCAGACCAUGCUGAAGGCAGAGGAGACCUCCUGCCCCUCCGUGUCCUACUUCAAGUGUGUGCAGAAGGAGAUCUUACCCUACAUGAGGAAGAUUGUGGCCACCUGGAUGCUGGAGGUCUGCGAGGAACAGAAGUGCGAAGAAGAAGUUUUCCCACUGGCAAUGAACUAUUUGGACAGAUUCCUUUCCGUGGAGCCCAUAAGGAAAAGCAGAUUGCAACUGCUGGGGGCCACUUGCAUGUUCCUCGCCUCCAAAAUGAAGGAGACUAUUCCACUGACUGCAGAAAAACUUUGUAUUUAUACAGACAAUUCCAUCAGGCCAGAGGAGUUACUGUUAAUGGAGCUUCUGAUUCUGAACAAGCUGAAAUGGGACAUGGCCUCUGUCACCCCCCACGCGUUUAUCGAACAUUUUCUUAACAAAAUGUCACUGAACGAAGAUACCAAGCAGAUCAUCCGCAAACACGCCCAGACUUUUGUGGCUCUCUGCGCUACAGAUGUAAAGUUUAUAUCCAACCCGCCGUCGAUGGUCGCCGCGGGCAGCGUGGUCGCCGCAGUACAGGGCUUGAAUUUGGGAAAUUCCGAAAGCAUCCACUCCUCUCAACACCUCACCCUCUUCCUUUCACAAGUCAUCAAAUGUGACCCGGAUUGUUUACGGGCGUGCCAAGAACAGAUCGAAUCCCUACUGGAGUCCAGUUUGCGUCAAGCACAACAGCAGCUAAAUAUCUCAUCAGACACAAAGACAGCGGUGGACGAAGCCGACCUUUCCUACACCCCGACAGACGUUAGAGACGUGAACAUCUGACGCCCCCGCCGACGCCAUUGACUCGUUAAGCCAUGGGGGCGCGUGGCAAAGGCUUCUGGGAUUGAAGCGCGCACGGCCUCAUCGUACAGAGCCUGCCCUCUCUGGCGCGGACAUUGUAAAAAAAAAAAUAAAAAAAAAACACACAAAAAAAAUAACAAAAAACAAUUUACAAAAAAAAAAACCAAACAAACAAAAAAAUAUAAACGCAGGGAAGGGAGAUCGUGUCUUCCGUUCCACCUGUGACCAAACCACAAAAAUCAAAUAAUAUCCAAAAACUUUCUUGCAAAAAAAAAUAAAAA